CUUCCUAUGAAACAUGAAACAUGAAACAUGGUAAAGCUGCAUCAGAAGAACUUGAGCGAUGUAUCAAGGAGCUGGGAAUGGUCGGCGCACUCAUUGACAGUCAUCUUGACGAUGGGCGGUACUACGAUGAAGUUGCUCUAGAUGUCUUUGCCAAGGCUCAAGAACUCGAUGUUCCAAUUUACAUACAUCCCACCACGCCUCUUGAAGAUGUUCAGGUGGCCCUUUAUGACGGAAACUACGACAAAGAAGUUGGUGCUGUGCUAGGAAUCGCAGGCUGGGACUGGCAUUGCGAUACUGCACUCUCCGUGUUGAGAAUGUACGCUGCAGGCAGAGUUGAGCUUCAAGCAAAUUUAAGUAAAGAACAUCUAAGUAACCACGAGUGGGACGUUUACAAUGCCACCGAUGGCGUGUUUGCUAAGGAGCAUGAGUAUCGACAGGAUAAUGGCGAAGCUUCGAGAAAGUGGUCUGGUUACAGAAGAGGAAUACUCCAAGAUUUCAUUUAA